AUGUCUGUCGUCGAAGCUGAGCAGCCACACCUGCGGGUGUCUGCUGCCAAUGGGCACUCGAACAAAGAGGCUCUCAAUGAGAGAAUUCCUCCUGCGGAAUCGGCUUCCGUCGAGGACAAGUUCUUUUGGACUUAUACUGAAGAACCGCACCGUUCCCGACGCAUGGCAAUCAUCAAGGCACACCCAGAGGUAACAAAGCUCUGUGGCCCCGAGCCUCUCACCAAGUGGGUCGUACUGGGAGUGGUCUCGACGCAGCUCACCUGUGCCUAUCUGCUGCGGAAUACCUCGAUCCUUGACUGGCGUUUCAUAGCCACAGCCUACUUCAUCGGUGCUACUUCGAACCAAAACCUCUUCCUCGCCAUCCAUGAAAUCUCUCACAACCUCGCCUUCCGAUCUGGAUUUGCAAACCGGCUACUGGCUGUGUUCGCCAAUCUCCCUAUCGGGGUGCCGUACAGCGCCGCAUUCAGACCUUACCACCUCACCCACCACAAGUCCCUCGGUGUGGCCGGCCUAGACACCGACCUGCCAACCGCCCUCGAAGCCUUCUUCCUUGACUCCGUCCUGGGCAAGACCUUCUUCUGCACCUUCCAAAUCCUCUUCUACGCCCUGCGCCCCCAUCUAAGCUUCGACUACCUGCUGACCCGCGCCACUGGCUCCCUACAACCCCUGUACUACCUCAUCAUGAGCUCCUUCCUCGCGGGCUCGCUGCACCCCUGCGCAGGUCACUUUAUUGCGGAGCACUACUUCUUUUCGAAGGUCAAGGGCGGCGGCACCGAGUCUCUCGCCGAGCUGAAGACGAAGCCUGCUGCUCCGAAGUCCGAGACCCCACGGGCCCUGGACAACCUCGCCCCGCCAGAGACUUACUCGUACUAUGGCCCGCUCAACAUCCUCACAUAUAACGUGGGUCUCCACAAUGAACACCACGACUUCCCCGCAAUCCCGUGGACAAAGCUCCAUAAGCUGCACCAGAUUGCGGCCGAGUUCUACGAGCCGCUUCCCUGCCACCGCAGUUGGGUGUGGGUUAUCUGGACGUUUAUCUGGGACCAAAAUGUUGGGCCGUGGUGCCGUGUGAAGCGUGCGCAGGGUGGUCGUGUUGUUGGUGGUGGCUCUGGGAAGAGCAAAACGCCUGCUGGUCGGAGUGGCGAGACUAUAUCGGCGCCACCGACGACUGGGGAAGAAGAGGGUGAUGGGUGGAAAGAGAGUGAGCUUCAGUGCUAG